CGCGCGGGCGGCAACCCUGGGCGCUGCGCCCGGGGACCGGAUCUGCCACCCCGCAAAGCUGGACUCGCCUUUGAAGUCGGGGGGAAAAGGCAAACAAGAAACCCAGGGCAGCCUUCACUGCCCAUCGCGCUGCCCAACUCGCUCUCCACGUUUGUGAAAACUGGGCACUACGACCCCAGUUGCAGCAAAUUGGCAGCCACAGAGACGAGAAGCCAACGUCUGGGCAAGACCCACACUAAGCGGGUCGCUGCUGCGGGCAGGUUGGACGCGGGGCCGGGACAUCUGAGGCCUGGCCUUGGGGCUCGGAGCUGCUCUCCCUGCGCCUGACACAGACCCGGGCUUAUACUCCAGGGCCGAUUAUUGGGGGCCACUACCAUGUCCACAGCUGGGGCCAACACGUCUUCCUCCUUCGCCGCGGACCAGCUGAACAGCCCGGUCACCAUCCCGGCGGUGAUGUUCAUCUUCGGGGUGGUGGGCAACCUGGUGGCCAUCGUGGUGCUCUGCAAGUCGCGCAAGGAGCAGAAGGAGACGACCUUCUACACGCUGGUGUGCGGGCUGGCUGUCACCGACCUGCUGGGCACCUUGCUGGUGAGCCCCGUGACAAUCGCCACCUACAUGAAGGGCCAGUGGCCCGGGGGCCAGGCGCUGUGCGACUACAGCACCUUCAUCCUACUCUUCUUCGGCCUGUCCGGCCUCAGCAUCAUCUGUGCCAUGAGUAUAGAGCGCUACCUGGCCAUCAACCACGCCUACUUCUACAGCCACUACGUGGACAAGAGACUGGCCGGCCUCACCCUCUUCGCAGUCUACGCGUCUAACGUGCUCUUCUGCGCGCUACCCAACAUGGGCCUUGGCCGCUCGCGGAGGCAGUACCCGGACACCUGGUGCUUCAUCGACUGGACCACGAACGUCACGGCGUACGCCGCCUUCUCCUACAUGUACGCGGGCUUCAGCUCCUUUCUCAUCCUCGCCACCGUGCUCUGCAACGUGCUGGUGUGCGGCGCGCUGCUCCGCAUGCACCGCCAGUUCAUGCGCCGCACCUCGCUGGGCACAGAGCAGCACCACGCGGUCGCCGCCGCAGCCGCGAUGGUCAACGCCAGUGCCUGCCCAGCAGUGCAGCGCUUCAGCGACUUUCGCCGCCGCCGGAGUUUCCGCCGAAUCGCAGGCGCGGAGAUCCAGAUGGUCAUCUUACUCAUCGCCACCUCUCUGGUGGUGCUCAUCUGCUCCAUCCCGCUCGUGGUGCGAGUGUUCAUCAACCAACUCUAUCAGCCCAGCGUGGUUCGAGAAAUCAGCAGAAACCCCGACUUGCAGGCCAUCCGAAUUGCUUCUGUGAACCCCAUCCUGGACCCCUGGAUAUAUAUACUUCUGAGAAAGACAGUGCUCAGUAAAGCAAUAGAGAAGAUCAAAUGCCUCUUCUGCCGCAUUGGCGGGUCCCGCAGAGACCGUUCCAGACGGCACUGCUCCGAGAGUCGAAGGACGUCUUCAGCCAUGUCCAACCACUCUCACUCUUUCUUCCCUCGGGAGCUGAAGGAGAUCAGCAGCACGUCUCAGACCCUCCUGUACCUGCCAGAACUAAGUGAAAACAGUCUUGGAGGCAGGAAUUUGCUUCCGGGGGUCCCUAGCAUGGGCCAGGCCCCAGAAGAAACCACCUCACUAAGAACUUUGCGAAUAUCAGAGACUUCGGACUCCUCACAGGGCCAUGACUCAGAGACUGUCUUACUGGUGGAUGAGGUCGGUGGGAGGAACAGGGCUGGGCCUGCCCCAAAGGGGAGCUCCCUGCAAGUCACAUUCCCCAGUGAAACACUGAACUUAUCAGAAAAGUGUAUAUAGUAGUCAAAGAAAGAAAUACAGCACUGUUUCUGGAACCUUAUAAAAUCCUGUGCAAUAGACACGUAAGUGAAGCAUUUAGCUGUGCUCAGAAGUACUACUGCUUUCAUUCUGUGGCUCACAUUAGAGAGAGAACACAGGGGCUCCUGAGCAUUUUUCAAACACUCAAAACUUAUUUCACAUGAGUCCUGAGGCCUGAAGCACACUGGUUCACACCCCUCUAUGACACCGGACUGCGGUCACAACUUGAUGGGUGAGAAGAACUACCUUUGGUUUUGCUCCUGGACAGGAAAAUGGCAGAAGUAUGCUAUUGCCCUAACAUCAAAAGCUGAACACCUGGCACACCGCAGAGGCCCAGACACUGGAAGGGCUCUAUCCAGUAUACUAUGAGGACUACCAUAUGGCUGAUCUAAGUGUCUCACCAAAGCAUGAAAUGUGAAUUUUUAUUGUUGUAAAUAUUUAAGGUAUUUAAUGUAUUUUCUUCUCUGUGAGAAGGUUUAUUGUUAAUACAAGGUAUAAUAAAGUUAAUGGUAACCCCUCUUCUCCCAGUGUAACCAGCUGAAAUUGCAGAUGCUAGAUUUAUUUUUCAUAUACAAGUUCAGACAGGUGUUGAAAAUUCAGUGAUAUUAAUAUCUAUAAAAUAGAUACAUUUUUAAGAGUUUAAUGCCAUCAAAAUAAAGAAAAAUACCAUUUAAAAUGUGAAAAUUACAGUUCAAAAUAUUAUAGUUCCUUCCAAGCUAUGUAUAAUAGUAAAAAAAAAUUUAGUGACAUCGUAUUUAUUUAUCCAGAAGACUGAUUUCUAAAGAACAUAACAUGUUGGUAAAUAUUUUCAACUAUUGCCCCACUGAUUGCUACUUUUUAAAAAUAUAACACAUUUUGGAAGUCUUUACUCAUAAUUGAAGUGUAUAAUAUAAAAAUUACAAAUCAAAGCAGCUUGUUUUCCCCCAUGAAAGUGUGCAUACUUUUGUUUCCCUAAGGAGUAACCUAGAAUAUCUUUUAAAUUUGAGAAAGACAAAUUGUACCAUAAAGACAUUUAUUUUGAGAUACAGAAGGAUCUCACAUGUGGUUAAAUUUGCCUUUCCUGUAUGUUAAGAGUUUAACAAUGUAAUUAAUGGUGCAGAACUUAGACACAUAGUCACCUUCUAGCAGUUUUAUGUGAUACCCAGUGACACUACGCAUAUUCAAAAGAACUUUCUCAAAGAGAUAUUAAGCAUGUUUUGUUGCUUAAAGUGUUUUUGUGAAUUGCUUGGUUGUGAUUAAAUUCUGAGCCUAAUCUCAAUAUGGUUUUAAGAAGUUGUGCCCACUAAAAUUAUUUUGGCGAUU